AUGGCGGAGUUUUCAGAUGUUCCUACAACGUUGCCUGCGGCAAGAAAAAAGACAAGUUUGACAAUCCAGGACAAAAUUGCCAUAAUAGCUGCCAUAGAAAAUGGAAAGAAAAAGACAGAGAUUGCAGGAAAAUAUGGCAUAAAGCGAAACUCCUUGUAUUCCAUUUUGAAGAACAAAGAUAACAUUCUAGAAGCCUUUGAGUCUUUGCCAUUUGAUCCAAAACGAAAGAGGUUGCGUAUGGCAUGCUACACUGAUCUGGAAGAGGCUCUGGUGAAGUGGUACCAAAUGGCACAGUGUUCAAAUGUACGAGUAGAUGGGCCAUUGCUACGCAUCAAAGCCAACCAUUUUGCACAGAAACUUGGAUAUAGUGAUUUCAAAUGCAGUAACGGCUGGCUAGAUCGCUUUAAAUCAAGGUAUGGAUUAGCAUUCAGAUCUCAGUCAGGAAUUGCUACCGCUAUGACUCUGACCGAUGCUUCUGCAGCGGAUGCUGUAACAGUUUGGCAUCAAAGUAUCCUGCCUUACUAUGUAAAGGUUUAUCAACCGAAUGAUAUAUUUAAUCUGAAAGAGACAAGGUUGUUUUAUCAGAUGUUACCCAGUCGUACAUUUGCAUUUAAAGGAAAAAUGUGCUCAGUGGGGAAAGUGAGCAAGGAAGAAUUAACUCUCAUGGUUGGUACCAACAUGGAUGCCUCAGAGAAACUUCCUUUGCUUGUCAUUGGAAAAAAUAAAACUCCCCGCUGUUUUCAGAGCAGAAAGUCACCUCUUGUACAAUACCAUCCCAGUACUAUGCCAUGGAAGACUUCAGAUGUGUUUGAACAAUGGCUGAACAAGCUCGAUAAGAAGUUUAAAAUACAGAAGCGUCGCGUUGUUAUUUUUGUGGACCCUUUCCCAGAUUUUCCAGAGGUAAAGGAUUUAAAAUGUAUCAAGCUUGUAUUCUUUCCUUCUUGCUCCGCUUCUCGAUUUACAGCUAUGAAGCAAGGGAUUAUCAAGAGUCUGAAAGUCAAAUAUCGGACCCUUCUUCUCAAGAGGUUUAUAGACUGUAUAAACACCGGAAAGGCAUUUGCACUGACUCUGCUUGAUGCCCUUGGUAUGUUGCAGCUCUGUUGGAGGGCUGUAUCCUCGGGGACAAUUGUUAACAGCUACAUUGCAGCAGGGUUUAGAUCAGGCUCUGGGGGGAAAGCUUCUGUAGAUGCAGAAGCUGAAAAUAACUUCAAUUUGACUGCAUAUGCACUGGCUGCAGCAGUACAAUUUCCAAAUGUCUUAUCUUUGGAAGAAUAUGCUGCUUUGGAUGAGGACUUGAUAACCCCCAAAAUGACUGAUAACAAUUAAAUAUAAUAUAUCCAAAAUAUAUAUUUCGAGUCAAAUUUGUGGAGGAAAUUAAGGCAGAGGUUUUUCUGAACUUCAAAAUCUUUUGCCAUUACAGAAUUAGGCCCAGACUGCUUUAGGCUGGAUCUACACUGCCGUACAAUGCAACCUGAACUGCAUUAUAUGGUCAGUGUAGAGUAGACCCAUAUAAUGCAGUUUGAACUGCAGUGUAUGGGUCUAUAUCAGGGGAUCCUCAAAUGUUUUCAGCAGAGGGCCAGUUCAUAGUCCCUCAGACUGUUGGACUAUAUUUUGGGGGAAAAAUGUAUGAAUUCCUAUGCACACUGCACAUAUCUUAUUUGUAGCACACAAAAAAAAAUGAAAGAACAAUAAAAUAUGAAGAACAAUUUUAACCAACAUAAACUUGCCAGUAUUUUAAUGAGAAGUGUGGGUCUGUUUUUGACUGAUGAGAUAGUCAAGUUAAUUAGGAUUGUUGUUGUGUGGCUUCAAGUCGUUUAAAACUUAGGGUAACCCUGUGUCUAAAGUUUAGGGCAGGGGUCAGGUAAAUGACCUUGGAGGGCGACAUCUGGCCUGAGGGCCUUAGUUUGAGAACCCCCAGUCUUCCCUGACAAUAUAAUACAGUUCAUACUACAUUAUAUUGAGGGAGACAUAGUUUAAAAUGGAAUUUUCAGGGAUUUCCCAAUGCCCAUAUGUCCUUAUGGUUUGAGAAAAAUUGCUGCAGAGAGGACGUUACUUUUCAAGGAUAAAAGUACAUCAGGACAAACUGGCUAGCUUGUGGCUAGUUAGUACUCUCUAAGUUUCCCAGCCGUUUUGGAGUUAUGCUUGCAACAGAAGAACAGAGAAGACAGAUUCAU